AUGUUGGGCAAUGUCGAGCAGCAAAAAAUUCCCUUUGUCAACAUGGCCGCCCGUCCGCAGCUCUUCACCCGCAAUCUCGCCGGCGUGUCCCCGACCCCAGAGACCAACUCGCCCGCCGAGCAGCGCGACGAUGCCAAGCGCAACUUUAUGAAGGCGAUGCGCGCGCUCCCGACGCAGCACUACUGGCACGUCUACUUUGACCGGAGCCAAACCAGCGACAACAAGCCCGCCGUCGACGGCGAGUACAAUGUGCAGCUCGAAAAACUCGACAUCCAGAUCGAGUCGGUCCAGGACUUUUGGCGGUACAGCAACAACACGCCCGUCGCGCAAAUCAAGAUGCGCGAGUCGAUAUACCUCUUCAAGUCCGGCUUCCGGCCCGUCUGGGAGGACCGCCGCAACAUCAACGGCGGCAGCUGGACCUUUCGCGUGCCCCGCGCCCAGGGGCCCGAGGUGUGGAAGACGGUGCAGCUGCUGGCCAUUGGCGAGAGGCUCCAAGAAGUCCUGGGCGAGAACGACCAAAUCUGCGGCGUCGGCCUUUCCGUCCGCUUCAAGUACCACCUCAUCACCGUCUGGAACCGCGACGGCAGCCAGCAAAAGUCCAUUGACGGCAUCUUUGCUUCCGUCGUCAAGGAGCUCCCCGAGGAGCUGCAGACGCGCGAGGAAAACUACUUUUACAAGAGACACGCCGACCACGAGGGCUUCAAAGUCCCGCCGGAGCUGCAGGGCGUCGUCGACGCGCACAAGCGCAACUCGCCGGGCAGCAGCGGCGGCGGCGGCUCGCCCGUCGUGGCGACGAGCGCGGAUGCGCCCCAGGUGUCUAUCCAGUCGCCGCAAUAA